UAAGCAAUUUUACUCAUGUAUUAAAAUGCAAAACAUAUUUCCAUAUUGUUCAUUUUUGUAAGAAAAUAUUCAUAUAAAACAAAAACCACAAAAUACAAACCACAAAUAAACCAAAGUAAAAAAAAUUGUAUGCUUUGAUCUGUAUUAUGACUCCAACAGUUCUUUCUCUGGAAGUGGAUAGCAUUCUUUGUCAUAAAUCCUUCAGAAUUGUCCUGGAUUAUUGUAUUGCAGAGAAUAGGUAAGUCUUUCAUAGGUCAUUCCACAAUAUUUCUAUUACUAGACACAAUGUUAUCCUAGUUAUGUUUAUUUCACUCUAUCAGUUCAUGUAGGUCUUUCCAGCGCUUUCUGAAAUCAUCCUGCUUAUCAUUUUAUGGCACAAUAGUAUUCCUUUACCAUCACAUAUCGCAGAUUAUUCAGCAAUUCCCUAAUUAACAGCCAUCCUUUCAAUUUCUAAUUCUUUACCAGCACAAAAAGGGGUGCUAUAAAUAUUUUUGUAGAAGUAGGUUCUUCUCCCUUUUUUUGGACUUCUUUGGGAUACAGAUUUUGUUGUGGUAUUACUGGAUCAAAAGAUGCAUUGAUUUAUAGCCUUUGGUUCAUUGUCCUAAAUUGUCCUACAGUCUUCAUGAAGACUCCUCCCCCUCCAGACACAGGGGGCGCUGAUGAGUCCGAGCGUAGUCUAUGGUUCCUUUUAGAGUCUUUUCCUUCGUUUUUUUUCUUGUCCAUGACACUGGCUUCCAGGCGCUGCUAUGGUAACAAAGGGGCGGGGCCCAGGUCAGGAGGCGGAGCUGCGCCGCCCUCAACACCCGCUGUCCUUCGGCCUGGGCCUAGGCCUGCAGGUGCUUCCAGCUCGGUCGGAUUCCCGCGCUGCGCUGCAUUCUGGCUCCUGGUGGCGGUUCAAGAUCUGACCUUUGCUUAGGCCCCAUUUCCCGCUCCUCCAGGAUCCAUCCAAGGGCAGCUACGCCACCCCUAUUGCCCGCCUGGACUGCCUCCCUCAGCAGCUGGACAGCGACCGACCUAUGCCUCGCAGGCUGGGCUGUGUUUAGCCCUGGCCUGGCUUUUCCCAACACCUAUCCUACCGACCCUAGGAGGUAGCCCUCCUGAGAGCCCCCUCUGGCCAGCUUGGCUCGGCUCCCUUCCAUCCUCUCUCCCCAGGGCUCGACCUGACGUCGUAUCCAGUAUCUUCCCAACCCCACUGUCUGCUCAUCCAUUCUUCUCCCUCGUGCUUCACCAAAGGUUGAGCAAAAGGGCCCUCCCUCCCUUUCCCUUUCUCUGGCUCCAUGGCAGAUAAACCUGAGGAAUGGAGCACCCAGCUCUCCUACCUUGUUCUAGGAAUAGUUUCUCUACACUCUGCUGUACACACCACCAGGGUGAACCGAGGGGCUGCAGCAGGCUUCCUACUUCAAGCUCUAGCUGCAGCUGCUGCACUGGUCUCAGGUCCCCAACCAGAUACCAAUAACCAGAUGGCAACAUGGGUGGCCACAGUCAUCGGCCUUCCUCUCUUGGCCUUUGAUUUCCAUUGGGUGAAUGGAGACUGUUCUACUGCCAAUCUGCUUCUGGGGGCGGGGAUGGUCCUGGCAAUUGCUGGGGACUUUCUGGACACAGAGACUCAAGCUGUUGCUGGUCAAGCUGUGGCCUUAGUGGCUGCAGUAACUAUCCUCAUUGUAUCUGUUUUCACUGUCAAUACUUAUGGAGUAGGUGGUGGUAUGGCACUAGGUGCUGCCAGCCUCAUGAGCAGGCUGGAGGAGGAGACCCUACUGUUCUUCCAAAAGGAAGAUGCAUGCAGAUGGGCUCUGGCUUUGGGAAGUUGGGCCUAUCGUUGGGCUUUGCACACUCAACACUUGGAGUUGGACUGACCAGUGCCUGGGGCAGGUGCAGGCCAGACUCCUUUAAGAGCAGAUGAUUCCUAUGGGUACCACCUGGAUUCUGAGGAUGACUGAGGCUACUUGGGAAGAUGCUAGAUCCUAUAGGAUUUGUGCUGGGGGAAGAGGUAAAGCACAUUGUGGAUGUGUGUGUAUAGUAUAUAGUGUGGUGGGAGCUACUUGUUAUGUUUAACCCUUUCUUGUACUGUGCUCUCAUCUGUAGCUCUUGGGGCUUGUAGGACCAGAAACUCUUGGCUAAGUCAAGGAAGUGAGAACAAUUUCUCCUGUUAUAUGCUGUCAUCACCUUCUGGCUGCCUCUCUUUCUCCUAUAUUUUCCUGUAUGGGGUUAGCUUCCUAGGUUUCUUCUGAAGAAAUAUAACCCCAGUCAUUGCUGGAAUGUAGCAAGGGGAUUGGCAUACUCUGUGAAGAUGGAGAUGUCCUGCUAGUGAGAGGCUCUUUCCAGAGUAAGUUUUCUAGAACCAUCACCCCCACAGCCCCUUCCCAAAGCCCCAAGACAUUGUUAUUUCCGUAUGCCCAGGAAUUGGUGUUACAUUUGGUUUGGAGCAGAUUGGAGAGGGAAUUUUAUAAUCCUUGGAAUCCGACUUAUCAUUUUCCUCUUACCAAAGACAUAUGAGUUUUAUCCAAAGGAGAUUAUUCUUAGCUGAACUUGUAUUAUGGGGCAGGAGUCUGCCCUUUGCCUUUCAAAGACAUUUUAAUAAAUGUUGAGGAUUAUUAGGGAAAUGUGAAUUGCCUGUAACUGGCCCUUUUUGUCCUAUUCACUCAAUCCCUAUAUGGCCAAGGCUAACUUCAAACCUGAGAUCAGAGGCUGAAUAGGCUUCUGGUCUGAAACUGCUCAGCAAGGAGGUCCUGGGUUGGGAGAAAAAGGAAUAAAAUUGGCCUUAGGGUGCUCAAUCUUCUUCAGAAGAGAUCUUCCCUUCUCCACAUUUCCCAGCAGUCACUGUGUAACCACUUGAAGUCAAAUACAGUACUCUGAUUUCCAGUAUUGGGUAUCAUUUAUGUUUUACUACUCUUCUCUCCACUCCAGCCAGGGGACAGGAUUCAUAUAUUCAUUUAUUCAAUAUACAUACUAAAUACUGACUCUGUGAAAGGGCCCUCUGUUAGUGGGGGAGUAGGGAAAUCAAAGAGAGAGAGGAUGUUGAUUCUGCCUCUCUCUUCCAUUCUUCUUGUAACACCUCCUCUCCACCCCAGCUUAUCAUCUAGAAGUGGAUCUAAGAUAUAGAUACAUGUAAUAUAUACUGAUAUAGCUUGUGAUUAUAGUCUAAUUACAUCAGUUCUCUGCUUGGGACUCUAUAGUGGGUAAAGAUUGUCAAUAGGAUAAAAUAUAAACUCAGUCUGCCUCCAAACUACAUUUCUGGCUUUUUUUCACACUACAUCUCUUCAUGGAUUCAACAUCCCUGUUAAACUAGAUCCUCAUUCCCAUUCUUAUUGUAUUUCCAUCAAGUGCUUCUCAUGCCAGAAACAUCCUCUUCAUAUCUCCUUGUUGAAGCCCAGCUUAUAUGAAGUCUCAAACCUUAAAUUUUCUUGGAUGUUUUGUUUGGGUUUCUCCUUUGCUUCUAACACAUUCUACCAGGUAUCACACUUGUGUGCAUGCCACAUUCUUUCUAGUAGAUUUUAAGUUUUUUGAGGGUAAGCUUCCUUUCUCAUUCAUCUUUGUACCACACAGAAUUUACCAGAGGCUGUUACUAGAUGGCUGUUCCAACACAGUUUGCAGUUUGGGCACUGUCUAAAAAUUUCACUAUCAUUGCACUAGAUUGUCCUAGAGACAUCAGAAAGGAUAAUGAGUAAAGACAAGGAAAUAGGAAAGCCUAAAGAAGGGUCAUAGGGGUGUUAGGGUUUCUUAUUCCAGUCUGACUGGAAGAUAAAAUUGGGAUGAUUGGUGAUUGGGAUGAGAUUGUGGAGGACUUUGAAAAAACUCAGACAGGAUUUAAGUCUUAUUCUGGAGCUGGAGACCUUAAGUUGAAAGCAUCCCCCACCACUUCCUAUAGUAGCCUUCUUUUCUCAUCAGUGGUUGCAUUGUACAUUAUCCUGCCACUCUAUAGUGUACUUCUGUAAUACUGCAUAUUAGUUGUAUGUAUAUAUGUGGAUGUGGUUAGAAAGCCAGCCUUGGGACCAGGAAGGCUUUCGAUAAUAUCCUUCUAAUAAAUGGUGGCCUAAUCACUCAA